GGGAUGUGUUCUGGCUGGGUCUGCCUGGCAUGGUGCCAGGCCUGAGUCAUGCUUCUGUGCUGCCAGCUCCCCUCCUCCUCAGCUCACCUCGCUGCACUGCGCUGUGGCUACAGAGGCCCGCCCUGUGCCCGCCCUGGCUUUCACUAUCUUGUGGCUCGGGGUUGGCAUGAGUGGAAGAGGGCCAGGGGCUGCCCGUCCUCAAGCCCUCGCUAAGGGCCUCUCUCUCACUGUACUGAGGCCCAGUUAAUUAUAACUCUGACCUAAGUGCCCUGUGACGCCACGCCCGGUCCAGCACUGCCCAGGAGACGCAGCAGCCAGGUCCAUGCCUCGGCCAUGCUCUCUGUGGAAGUGUCCCUGUCCCACCUGAGCCCCCCAAUACUGCUUCUGCUUCAGCUGCUGUUGCCCCCCACAUCUGCCUUCUUCCCCAACAUCUGGAGCCUCCUGGCUGCCCCAGGCUCCGUCACCCACCAGGACCUGACCGAGGAGGCUGGACUCAACGUCACCCUCCAGCUCUUCCUAGAGCAGCCACCCCCGGGCCGACCACGCCUUCGCCUGGAGGACUACAGGGGCCGGACCCUCCUCGCCGAUGACAUCUUCGCUGCCUACUUUGGACCCGGCUCUCCUUCCCGGCGGUUCAGAGCAGCUUUGGGAGAGGUGUCCCGUGCCAAUGCAGCCCAAGAUUUCCUUCCAGCGUCUAGGAGCAACCCUGACCUCCACUUUGAUGCCGAAAGGCUGGUCCAGGGGCGCGCUCACCUGGUGGGGGCGCUGCGGGAGACCCUGGUGGCCGCCAGAGCGCUGGAGUAUACAUUGGCUCGCCAGCGCCUCGGGGCUGCUCUUCACGCCCUGCAGGAUUUUUAUAGUCACAGCAACUGGGUGGAACUGGGGGAGCGGCAGCCUCACCCUCACCUCCUCUGGCCACGGCUGGAGUUCUGGAGCCUGGCACAAGUGGGUGAUCCUACCUGCUCUGACUGUGAGGGGCUGAGCUGCCCUGGAAACAUGCCUGACUUAACACUACUCACCUCUGGCUACUUUGGAAUGCAUCCCGCCAAGCCUCCAGGGAAAUGUAGCCACGGGGGCCAUUUUGACCAGAGCAGCUCCCAGCCACCACGGGGUGGCAUCAACAAGGACAGCACGUCCCCAAGCUUCUCCCCGCACCACAUGCUGCACCUCCAGGCUGGCGAGCUGGCCCUCCUGGCCUCCAUCGAGGCCUUCAGCCUCCUGCGGAGCCGCUUGGGGGACAGGGGUUUCUCCAGGCUGCUGGACAUCACCCCGGCUUCCAGCCUGAGCUUUGUCCUGGACACCACAGGCAGUAUGGGUGAGGAGAUCAAUGCGGCCAAGAUCCAGGCUCACCACAUUGUAGAGCAGCGGCAAGGCAGCCCCAUGGAGCCCACUCUCUACGUCCUGGUGCCCUUCCACGACCCGGGGUUCGGCCCUGUCUUUACCACCAGUGACCCCGACACCUUCUGGCAGAAACUCAAUGAGAUCCACGCCUUGGGGGGUGGAGACGAGCCGGAGAUGUGCCUGUCGGCCGUGGAGCUGGCGCUGCUGCAUACACCUCCCCUCUCAGACAUCUUUGUCUUCACUGACGCCUCCCCCAAGGAUGCCUUUCUUACCAACCGGGUGGAGUCCCUGGCUCGGGAGAGGCGCUGCAGGGUGACAUUUCUAGUAACUGAAGACCCAUCGCGGGCUCAGGGUCGAGUGCGACGAGAGGUCUUGUCGCCUUUACGUUUUGAACCAUACGAAGCAGUCGCCCUGGCAUCGGGAGGAGAGGUGAUCUUCACCAAAGACCAGCACAUCCGGGACGUGGCGGCCGUUGUUGGGGACAGCAUGGCUGGUCUGGUGACUCUCCCGCUGGACCCUCCUGUCCUCACCCCUGGGGAGCCGUGUGUGUUUGCUGUGGAUCGUCUACUCCAACAGGUCACCAUCCGGGUGCAUGGGGACAUCAGUAGCUUCUGGGUCAAGAGCCCUGCAGGGGUGACCCAGGGCCCAGAGGAGGGCUUAGGUCCUCUGGGUCACACUCGUCGCUUUGGCCAGUUCUGGACAGUAACCUUGACUGACCCCCCUCAGACAGGGUCUUGGGAGAUCCAGGUAGCCGCUGAGGGAACCCCCCGGGUGAGAGUGCAAGCCCAGGCCGCCAUGGACUUCCUCUUCCAUUUCGGGAUCCCCGUGGAGGACGGACCCCACCCUGGCCUGUACCCCCUGAGUCAGCCGGUUGCAGGUCUGCAGACCCAGCUGCUGGUCGAAGUGACAGGGCUAGUUUCCAGACAAAACCUUGUGGGCGGCCGGCCACAUUUUUCCCAUGUUGUCCUUCGAAGGGUGCCGGAGGGCACACGUCUGGGCCAGGUGCCCUUGCAGCCUGUGGGACCCCCCGACCGAGGUCUCCUUGCUGCCCCUCUGCCUCCCUGGCUGCUGGCUGUCUCUGCACCCUUCUCCCUGGCCCUGGUUGGCCAGGAUGGAGCGGGACAGCGCCUGUCAAGGACUGCCCCCCAGCCUUGCAGUGUGGCCCCUGUGCUUCUGGAGCUCAGUGGCCCGCCAGGUUUCUUGGCUCCAGGCAGCAACGCCCCUCUUAGCCUUCACAUCGCCAGCUUCUCUGGCCCCCAGGAUCUUGAUCUUAGGACGUCUGUGAACCCCAGCUUCUCUCUCACCUCCAACAUCUCCAGGGCUAGCCUGGGACGCAAUGAGUCUGCUUGGGGACGCCUGUGGCUAGAGGUCCCAGAUUCUGCAGCUCUUAACAGUGUGGUGGUGGUGACUGUGACUGCAGUGAGUCAAGAAGCUAGCCCUGUGCCCCCAACACAUGCCUUCCUCCGGCUCCUGGUGCUGGCCCAGCCCUCACAGGAUCAGCUGGAGGCCCCUGCCCACUCUGCAGCCCCUGUGCUCCCUCCAGCCAACCCGGCCUUGCUUCCUUCCACUGUGGUGACUCAGGGCAGGGCUGGGGGAGGGGUGGUCGGCAGAGCCUGGUGGGGGACAGUGGGAGGAGUGCUGCUCCUGCUAGGCUGUGCUCCCUGGUAGCCCGGCAGCCCCCACAGGGUCAGGACUCCAGCCCCAUUCUCAGUCUGCCACGG